CCAGCCAGGUACAGGAAUUUUCCUCUGCUUUGCCUGCUCCGUACUGCGAGCAGUGGUGCAGCUGGGACAGGGCUGUAGGAUGAGGUCGGGCUGGUUCUGACCUCCUGGGAAUACCUGCCUGGCUCCAGUCCCUCCCUCCCCUUGCAUGCUGGUGAUGAUUUUAUAAUCAAGGCAUAAGGAGAGGGGUGUGGUAAUUGCCCUGCGUAGGUGUCUGUUCUCACUACUUCUCCCAACCGAUCCAAGAUUCCUCAGUCUGGGAGAAGCACGGGGAGGAACCGGCCACUGAGGACUAACCUGGGGACAGCAUGGAGAGCAGAUGGAGUGGCUGGGUGCUGGUCCUGGCCGUCUGCGUGGGGUCCUAUCAAGCCGGGGCCAGCCCCCUCCCCGAGUGCGGCGAGCGGCCGGAGGAGUGGUGCCGUGAUGUGGGGACGGCGGCCAAGUGCGGGGUGCUGGAGCUGUGCCGGCUCGCCGUCUGGGACCGAGACCUGGGGAAAGGGAUCCCGUGUCACCUGUGCCAGGUGGUGGUCUCCACGGUGGGGAAGAUCCUGCAGGACAACUGCACCGAGGAAAAGCUGAGGGUCUUCUUGGAUAAGAAAUGCCAGUACCUGCCCUUCCAGGACUGGUCGGUCAAGUGCAAGAAGAUGGUGGACACCGGCAUCCUCAUCCUGGUCCAGCUGGGCAAGCAAGUGCUGUCGGACCCGAAGGUGGUGUGCGGCACCAUCAAGCUGUGCCAGCCCUGGGGGAGCCCCAAGGGGGCCCUGAAGUUUCAGGAGCCGCCGCCAGCCCCCGCGCAGGACUUUGCCCAGCUCACCAUACCCGUCAUCGCCGGCGUCCCGCUCCUGCUGCAGCCCCAGGACACUCCUCGUGCCCAGGAGCCCGGGGACCUGUGUGGGGACUGCGCCCGGCUGGUGGCGGCCGUGCAGGUGGAGCUGGGUGUCUUCGCCCGCUCCGUGGCGUCCCGCGCCGAGAAGGAGUGCGAGGGCUUGGCACCCGUCCUGGCACAGCGGUGCAAGCGCUACCUGGCCGAGUACGCAGACACGGCUGCCUGGCUGCUCCGGCACCUGCAGGCUGAGGACCCGCGGGAGCUCUGCAGCCUGCUGGGGCUCUGCCCCUCCUUGUCGUCGUCCUUGUCACUGCCAUCAUCGGGAUCCAUGCAUGCACUGCUCUCCGAGAAGGUGGCCCAGCUCCUGAGCACGCUGGUCCCCGACGGGGAGGCCACGCCGGUGUGCGAGAUGUGCGAGUUCGCCGUCAGGGCGGCCGAGAGUCUCCUGGAGAACAACAUGACGGAGGAGCAGCUGGUGAACGACAUCGAGAAGGUGUGCUACAUGCUGCCCCACGGCGUCAUCGGGCAGUGCAAGGACUUUGUCGACUCCUACGGCAAGGCGGUGGUCAUCAUGCUGCUGGAGGCCACCGACCCGCGGGCCGUCUGCACCAUGCUGCGCCUCUGCCCGCGCCGGGGGGCUGCCCGCGGGGUGGCCGCCGCGCUCGGGCCGGCCACGGGGUCCUUCUGCAACGUCUGCCAGAUCCUCAUCACCUACUUCGAUAACGAGCUGCUGAAGAACGAGACGCUGGCGGAGCUGGGCGACGUGUUGGAGAAGGGCUGCGAGCUGCUGCCCGCGCCGCUCACCGGCAAGUGCGAGGCGCUGGUGGUGCAGUACGAGCCAGCGGCCGUGCGGCUCCUGGUGCAGAUGAUGGACCCGGACUUCGUCUGCACCAAAAUCAGAGCUUGCGACUCGCCCCUGGGCUCGGAGCCCUGCGCCUGGGGACCGGGAUACUGGUGUACCAGCAUGGCCACUGCCAUCGAGUGCGAUGCCGUCGAGCACUGCAGGCGUCAUGUAUGGGACUAGGAGCCACCUCUCCGGCUGGGCUCGCUGCGGUUUGGGUUCGGCACCCAAAUUAUCCUGGAUCCCCCCCUUGGGAUGCGCCCGCAGCCGCAGGGAGUGGGGCGUCUCCGGGGUGCCCCAGCCCCCUCUGCCUUCUCCUUUUCCACCCCCGGGGCUUGGAUUUUCAAAUCAGGUUAAGGGAUUUCGUCUUGGUUUUAGGACUGGGAAUUCAGCGGGGAGGUCUCUUAGGCUCAUUUCAAAAUCCCUGCACCCCACCGUCCCCUCUCUCCUGCUACCCGUGGGGUUAAUACUGGGGUUAGCCCCAUCUGCAUCCCACCCAGAACCGACGCCGAAGC